AUGGCUUCCACCGAUUCCGUUCCCAAGGCCAUGGAGGCCCUAAAUAUUUCCAAGACCAAGGAGCUCAAAGGUACUGAGAAGCGAGACACCCUGAUCGCGCUCGAGAAGAAGUACCAAAAGAAGUGGUCGGAGGAUAAAACUUUCGAAAGCAAUGCUCCCAGCACUGACGAGGUGCCCCUCCAUUCCGUCUCCGCCGCCGAGCUUCGGGAGCAGCAGCCCAAGUUCUUCGGAACUAUGGCCUACCCCUACAUGAACGGCACUCUACAUGCUGGUCACUCUUUCUCCGUCAGCAAGGUCGAGUUCGCCGCUGGUGUUGCCCGUCUGCAGGGUAAGCGUGCUCUCUUUCCUAUGGGUUUCCACUGUACCGGUAUGCCCAUCAAGGCUUGUGCCGACAAGCUCGUCAACGAGGUUAAGAAGUUCGGCCAGGACUUCACAGGAUACAAGGAGGAGGAUGAGGUUGUUGAGGAGGCUCCCGUCGCCAAGCAGACCAAGGAGGACAUCACCAAGUUCAAGGCGACAAAGGGAAAAGCUGCUGCUAAGCAGGUCAAGAUGCGUUAUCAGUUUCAAAUUAUGCAAGCCAUUGGUAUUCCUACCGAUGAGAUUCACAAGUUUGCCGAUCCUCAACACUGGCUGCAGCACUUCCCUCCCCUCUGCAGGGAAGAUCUCACCAACUUUGGUUGCCGUAUCGACUGGCGUCGAUCGUUUGUGACAACCGAUGCCAACCCUUAUUACGAUGCUUUCGUUCGAUGGCAGAUGAACCGUCUCAAGGAGCUGAACAAGAUCAAGUUCGGAAAGCGAUACACUGUCUACUCUAUCAAGGAUGGACAGCCCUGUAUGGACCACGACCGAUCCGAAGGUGAGGGUGUUGGUCCUCAGGAGUACACGGCUCUGAAGAUCAAGGUUCUUGAGUGGGCUCUCAAGGCCGCCGAGACCCUGAAGGGUAAGCUGCCAGAGAACGCUCAAGUCUUCAACAUUGCCGCUACCCUGCGCCCCGAGACUAUGUACGGUCAAACUUGCUGCUUUGUUGGCCCCAAGAUCACUUAUGGUAUCUUCAAGGUUAAUGAGACCGACUACUAUGUCAUGACUGAGCGAGCUGCACGCAACAUGGCCUACCAGGGCAUCUUCGCCACUGAAGGUGCCAUCGAGAAGGUUGCCGAGAUCGUUGGUUCUGACAUGGUAGGCUCUCUGGUUGACGCUCCCCUCUCUCUUCACAAAGAGGGAGUCCGUGUCCUGCCCAUGGAGACUGUUCUACCCACAAAGGGUACUGGUGUUGUCACCUCUGUACCUUCUGACAGCCCCGAUGACUACGCCACCGUGAUCGACCUGGCGAAGAAGGCUGAUUACUACGGUAUUCAGAAGGAGUGGGCUGAGCUUGAGAUUUUCCCUAUCAUCGAGACACCUAGCUAUGGUGACCUCUGCGCUCCCUUCCUGGUCAAGAAGCUAAAGAUUGCAUCCCCCAAGGACACAAAGCAACUGGAGGAGGCCAAGGAACUGGCUUACAAGGAGGGAUACUAUCAAGGUGUCCUUAAGGUUGGCGAGUUCAAGGGCGAGAAGGUUGAGGUCGCCAAACCCAAGGUCCGUCAACAGAUGAUUGAUGCUGGCCUUGCCUUUGCGUACUCCGAGCCUGAACGCAAGGUUGUCAGCCGAUCUGGCGAUGAAUGUAUUGUUUCUCUCAUGGACCAAUGGUACCUCGAUUACGGUGAGGAGUCAUGGAAGAAGACUGCCCUCGAUUGGGUUGACAACGGUCUGAACACCUACACACCCGAGACCAAGAACAGCUUUGAAGGUGUCCUUAACUGGCUGAACCAAUGGGCUUGCGCUCGAAGCUUUGGUCUGGGAUCCAAGCUGCCCUGGGACCCACAGUUCCUGGUUGAGAGUCUGAGUGACUCAACCAUCUACAUGGCCUACUACACUAUCGCACACUACCUCCACAAUGACAUUUUCGGAAAGACACAAGGAUUGGGGCAUAUUUCCCCUGAUCAGAUGUCUGACGAGGUCUGGGACUAUGUCUUCUGCCGUCGUGAGCUGAGUGAUGAGACCCUCAGCACCAAGAUUCCCAAGGCGACUCUAGAGAGCAUGCGUCGUGAGUUCGAGUACUUCUAUCCUCUCGAUGUUCGAGUCUCAGGCAAGGAUCUAAUUCCGAACCAUCUCACCUUCUUCCUCUAUGUAUCAAUUGCCAUAUUCCCUCCUGAGUACUGGCCUCGAGGUGUUCGUGCCAACGGCCAUCUGAUGCUCAACGGUGAGAAGAUGAGCAAGAGCACGGGCAACUUCAUGACCCUCCGAGACUUAACCGAGAAGUACGGCGCGGACGCUUCUCGUAUCGCUCUUGCUGAUGCAGGUGACGGUGUGAACGACGCCAACUUCGAGGAGGAUGUUGCCGAUACCAACAUUCUGCGACUGUAUACCCUCAAGGAGUGGUGUGAGGAAAUGGUUCGAGAUCAGGACCAGCUUCGAACCGGCGAGUUCAACUCGUUCCAGGAUGCUCUUUUCAACAAUGAUCUGAACGCCGUUACCAAGGAGGCCGUUGAGCAAUAUACCAACACCAACUACAAGCUGGCCCUGAAGGCUGGCCUGUAUGAGUUGACAAGCGCUCGUGACUUUUACCGCGAGGCUUGUGCAGCUGCAAACAUCAAAAUGCACAAGGACAUCGUUCUCCGAUAUAUCGAGGUGCAGACUCUUCUUCUAGCGGUCGUUACUCCUCAUUGGUCCGAGUACAUCUGGCUCGAGGUGCUGAAGAAGGAGGGCACCAUUCAGGUCGCCAAGUUCCCCGAUAUCAAGGAGGUUGAUGCUUCCCUGUCGGCCAAGCGCGAUUAUGUGCGAAGCACUGCUUCCAACAUCAACUCUGCCGAAGGUCUACAGCUGAAGAAGAAGGCGAAGGGCAAGGAGACAUCAUUCGAUCCCAAGAAGCCCAAGAAGCUGACAAUCUUUGUCACGGACAAGUUCCCAGCUUGGCAGGCCAAGUACAUCGACCUGCUCAAGGAGAUGUGGAACGUUGAGACCAACUCUGUCAACGACAAGGAGUUGAACGGAAAGAUCGGCAAGAUGGGAGAGAUGAAGAAGGCAAUGCCGUUUGUGCAAAACCUCAAGAGGCGACUUCAGACUGGUGAGCCAACCAGUGUGGUGCUGGAACAGAAGCUUGCGUUCGACGAGAAGGAGACUCUCCUACAGAUGGUUCCUGGACUGAAGCGAACCGGAGGAUUGAGUGUAUGCGACAUUGUGUUAGUAGAAGAAGGAGGCAAGAAGGGCAACAACCUGACAGCCGAUGGAAAGCAGGUGGAGAUUUCAGUCCCCAACGCCGAGCAUGCUGUUCCUGGUCAGCCAACGUUCUACUUUGAGAACGUCGAGGCCUGA